AUGUACCAUUACGGCGGUCGCCCAGUCGCACAGGGCUUCGAGGUCGCCAACCCGACGUCUGGCUACAGCCAGGUCAACGCCCAAGCACCACCCAUACAGGCCUAUUCCUCAUAUCGCACGAGCGCGUCAAAAUACCUAUUAGACGUUCAUGAGGCCCCCGCAAACUACCCCGCGGGGACUGAACAAAGGCGGGUUGUGCCCUUUGGCAUGCGCCCCGUGGUGUUUGCUGCAAUAUUUCUGCUGGGUGGCAUCCUUAUAGGCGGCGCUAUCGUUGGAGGGGUUGUUGGGUCGGUUAUGGCAAGCCGAGUACAAACAGCAAAAGAAUCAGCCGUAGCAGCAACAACUACAGAACCGCCGGCACCGACGACUACCAGUUUCCCGGGACCAUCGGAAGGCCCUUUCAGAGACUAUACAACACCCCCUACCAAAGACAUCGAGACGCUCCAGUUGAGCUGUCCGCGCCUGGAUGGCACGUCCUUCACUGGCUUCGACGGCAAGCGCUUCAACAUCGUCUGCGGCGUGGACGAGAAUGGUCCCGGGCGGGAGGCGGUCGGCGAGAUAAAAGACGUCAGCGCCUUUGUCGCGUACAGUUUCCAAGAUUGCCUCAACGCCUGCACCACCUACAAUCGAUUGUCGGGAAGGGAUCCGGCCCGGCCGUCUUCUCUGAUUUGUCGCGCCGCCGUGUUUCGGAGAUCUCUCAAUGACAAUAUUGCCCUGCGUGAAGGCGGGAACUGCUUCCUGAAGAACGCCACCAGAGCCUCUGGGAAUCCUGGUCGGCCGAACACCGGCUUGUUGACUGGCCAGCUUUUGUAG